AUGUCCGCUGGCCUCCCGCUCCACCAAACCCCCUCAGCCACCGCUAGCGUCCCCGCACUUCCUUCUACACGGGUUGGGUUGCGCGCGCUUCUGCCUCACGGUCCUGAGUCCCUCCCGUCUGGCGCCUCAGCACGGGCAGGAUACGCCACGGUGGCAGUCUCCAGAGACCCGCAAUUUGCCACGUUGGAAGAUGCUGACGUGGAAUAUUUCAAGGGGAUUCUAGGCGAACGUGGCGUGAUCACGGACCCUGACGCCGUGGCAGCAGCCAACGUGGACUGGAUGGGCAAGUACAAGGGGAAUAGCAAGCUGUUACUACGACCAACCACAACAAGCCACGUGGCGGACGUUCUGAAGUACUGCAAUGAGAGGCGGUUGGCUGUGGUGCCUCAGGGUGGCAACACGGGGUUGGUGGGCGGCAGUGUGCCUGUGUUCGAUGAGGUGAGCGGCAUCCUGGACUGCGAGGCGGGGUGCAUCCUCGAGUCCCUCGACACAUUCCUUGCUGACAAGGGGUUCGUGAUGCCGUUGGAUCUAGGCGCCAAGGGCAGCUGCCAGAUCGGCGGCAAUGUGUCCACCAACGCGGGUGGCAUCCGCCUCCUCCGAUACGGCUCCCUGCAUGGCUCCGUGCUCGCAGGGUUGGAGGUGGUGAUGGCGGAUGGCACGGUGGUGGACAUGACGAGAGCGCUGAGGAAGGACAACACCGGCUACGACCUCAAGCAGCUCUUCAUCGGUACAGCUGGGGAUGGGCUCAUCACUGUGAUGGCGUAUGAGGCCAUGUCGUGGCAUGUCAUGUGGGGCGGAGGGCAUGCUAGGCGUGGUGACGAGGGUGGUGCUGCUGGCGCCCCCCCGCUCGCCCUCAGUGCACGUGGCGCUGCUGGGGUGCUCCUCAUUCGACGCCGUGCAGCAGGUGUUCUGCGCCAGCAGGCGCCACCUGGGGGAGGUGCUAUCUGCCGCGGAGUUCUUUGA